UCUCUGUGCACAGUCUGACCUACAGAUGUAAUUGCUGGAUUAACAUUUUUGUCACCUUUUUUUUUAAAACAAUUUGGACAUAUGCAUUACUCAUCCUUCAUACAGGUGGAUAGAAAUUUUACUUUUAAAGACCUUGACUUGGAUAGAGCUGCAACUUGCUUCUUUCCAACCAAAGUGACUCGUUCAAUCAUCUUCAAAAAUGUUUGCUGCUGGAUGCUGAUUUUCUGCUGUCUUGAAAUUAAUGAUUGAAUUUACCUAAAACAACUUGACCCUGACAUACUGGAAGCACAUAGAAAAUCAAUGCCAGAAUACCAGCUUUACCUGAGAAACCCAUACUUAUCGAUCUGAUAUUACUAACAUAAUUUUAGGUAAACACAACUUGACUGACUUCAAGUUGAAAUAUUGGAUAGACCCUUCACGGCACGAACAUAGGAAAGGACAUAUAUUGGCAGCAGUGUAACACACUGCGCUCAGUUACUUUGGCUCUCACCAUGGGAGCAGUGCGUGUAAAGAGACGCUUUAGCGCUGUGGUGGACAGCCCUCUGGAGGAAGAGGAAGUCAUGAAGCUGGCCCAAAGCGCAGCCGAACCCGCCGGGGCGGGAGCCGGCUCCGGGAGUCCGGUCCCGAUCCGGAACGGCAAAGCGCUCACCCUGCAGAGGAACGCUAGCACGAGCUGUGCAGGGGAACAGGGAGCGGCAGGAGCAGGAGGAGAAGGGGGCAGAGGAGGAUACCCGGGGCUAAGGGGGGUAGGGGGAACGAGGGGCAGCUGCUCCUCCCCAGAGGCGGACUGUGCCUCCCUUUCCCCCUCCCCCCCCAGCCGCCGUCUGCGCCGGCCCCGAAGCCGCUUUGUGGGCAAGGACGGGCGCUGCAACGUCACCUUCGUCAACAUAAGCGAGAGGAGCCAGCGCUACCUCACAGACCUCUUCACCACCUGCGUGGACAUCCACUGGCGCUGGAUGUUUGUGGUCUUCUCCCUCUCCUUCCUCCUCUCCUGGCUGCUCUUCGGAUUCACCUUCUGGCUCAUUGCCUCCGCCCACGGGGACUUCUCCGCCUCCUCGGGCUCCGGCCCCUCCCCAGGGGCCCAGGCAGACGGCCCGGGGCCAGAGCCAAGGGGGCGGCAGGUGGAGGAGCCCUGUUUCCAGCAGGUGAACAGCUUCAUGGCAGCCUUCCUCCUCUCCCUGGAGACGCAGACCUCCAUCGGCUAUGGCUUUCGCAGCGUGACUGAGGCGUGCCCCCUGGCGGUGUUGGCGGUCGUGUUGCAGUGCAUCGUGGGCUGCCUCAUUGACGCCUUCAUCAUCGGGGCGGUCAUGGCCAAGAUCGCCAAGCCCAAGAAGCGCAACGAGACGCUGGUGUUCUCCGAGACGGCGGUGGUGGCUCUGCGCAAUGGGAAGCUCUGCAUGAUGUGGCGGGUGGGCAACCUGCGGAGGAGCCACCUGGUGGAGGCCCACGUCCGCGCCCAGCUGCUCAAGCCCAGGGUGACCCCGGAGGGCGAGUUCCUGCCCCUGGAUAACAUGGACAUCAAUGUGGGCUUCGACACGGGCACCGACCGCAUCUUCCUGGUGUCACCCGUCACCAUCGUGCACGAGAUCGACGAGGAGAGUCCGUUCUUCGAGAUGGACCGGCGGACGCUGGAGCGCGACGCGGACCUGGAGGUGGUGGUCAUCCUGGAGGGAAUGGUGGAGGCCACCGCCAUGACCACGCAGUGCCGCAGCUCCUACCUGGCCUCCGAGAUCCUGUGGGGCCAUCGCUUCGAGCCGGUCCUGUUCGAGAAGAACAACAGCUACCAGGUGGACUACUCCUUCUUCCAUCGCACGUACGAGACUCCCAGCACCCCCGCCUGCAGUGCCAAGGAGCUGGCGGAGCAGAAGUACAUCCUGGGCUCCCGCUCGUCCUUCUGCUACGAGAACGAAGUCGCGCUGCAGCUCCCCUCCCCCGGCGACCGGUCCGCCGCCCCGUCCCCACGGACUGACGCCCCGCGCCGAGCGUACCCACCCUCACACGCAGUGAGGGGCUCCGGCACGGGAGGGGAGGACGAGGGCGAAGGCAGAGAGAGAUGUAGGCCAGAGUGAGGAGCGAGAGCGGAGAUUGAGGGAGGGAGAAACGGGGACAGAAGGCGAGGGAGUUGGAGGAAAGGAGAGAG